AUGAUGAAACGACUUCAACUUUUCAUUGCAGCUUUUGCCAUCUUGGCCUUCAAUCCCUUAUUAGCCUCAGCUUCUGAUCACAUCCCCCUGCAAGAUUUUUGUGUAGCAAUCAAUGACACCAACAAUGUGGUGUUUGUAAAUGGAAAGUUCUGCAAGGACCCAAAGCUUGCCAAUGCAGAAGACUUCUUCUAUUUAGGGCUUAAUAUCCCUAGAAACACCUCAAAUUCGAUUGGAUCAACUGUGACUCUUGUCAAUGUGGCACAAAUAUCGGGACUUAACACUCUCGGCAUAUCUCUAGCCCGAGUUGACUAUGCUCCAUAUGGUGGCCUAAACCCUCCUCACACGCACCCUCGUGCAACAGAGAUCCUUGUGGUUUUGGAAGGCACACUUUAUGUCGGUUUCGUUACAUCCAACAAAGAUAACCGCCUCAUCACCAAAGUCCUAAACCCUGGUGAUGUGUUUGUUUUCCCUGUCGGUCUCAUCCACUUCCAAUUCAAUAUCGGGAAUACCAAAUCAGUUGCAUUUGCUGGUCUCAGCAGCCAAAAUCCAAGAGUUAUCAUAAUUGCGAAUGCAGUAUUUGGCUCUAACCCUCCCAUUAAUCCUGAUGUUCUCACUAAGGCCUUCCAGUUCGACAAGAAUAUUGUUACCUAUCUCCAAUCCAAAUUUUGGUGGGACAACUACUAG